AUGAAUGGAAUCCUGCAACUAAUUGAUCAGGCUCAGAGCCCAAGCUUAAUACUUGGAAAGAAUACAGACCUUCAGAAAAAAAUUAUUACCCUUUGCUGUGUCUUUACAACUGAAGAUACCACUGAAGGCUAUUAUACUAUUUUCAAGAAGGUUUAUAAUAUUAUGCACAAGUUAACUGGUAAAAAGCUUACCUUUUAUGCCAUACAUGGUACUGGACUUCAUGCUAUAGGCUAUCUCAGUUCCUGA